AAAAAAUCAAAACUACCAAAGCGUUUCAUAUUUUAAUCUAACUAAAUCCAGAACCACCCUAAACUAACCAAACAAACGUUUAAAGCGUUUCAUAUUUUUAUUAAUCAAAACGAAAAAUCCAAACAAACGUGUGAACGACUCGACUCACAGGUGAAUUGAUCUAUGCCGACAUGUUGACGUCGUGGUAUUAUUGUAAUCCCAUCACAACGUGGACCCACUUGCGACUCCAUUAACAAGAGAGAGAGAGAGAGAUCUGAAUCUCUUCACCAGUCUCUGUUCUUUGCUUCUUCAGCUCUCCUUCUCUGGUUAGCUCUUAUGUUUAGCUUUGAUUUAGCUUCGAAUUAGUAAAUGGAAUAUAAGCAAAAUAUUGAAAUGAUGGGUGUGAUUGGGGUUAGAGUGUUCAACUGUUUUGAUUCUCAUGUUUUUUAAAAUCAAUCAAAAAGUUUUGAGCUUUUUUUGUGUAAUCAGCUAAGAUAUCUCCUUGCUCAUUCUUCUUCUAAUUCGAACUUAGCAGUCUUAGAUUCUCAUAAAAUCAUUGCCUUUUAAUCUAUACAAGUGAUGUUAGGUCUGAGAAUAGCUAAAGAUUCAAUUUUGAUGCUGUUAUGAAGAUUCAUAUGUAUGAUUGAUUACUGAUAAGUAUACUUGUGCAAAGUCUGUAGCUUUUGUGAUGCUAAAGAUUGUGUGUGAAAACUCUGAUGAAGCAGGGUUUAGGGUUUAAGCAUUUGCAGGGGGGAACAAUGAUGGACCUAACGAAGCUAAAGCCUCCACAGAUCACGUUCUACUCCUCAGCGUUAUCUGUCUUCAUCACAGUUCUCUUGACGUUACAGCUUGUAUCUCAGCAUCUCUCUCACUGGAAGAACCCUAAGGAGCAAAAGGCUAUACUCAUCAUUGUUCUUAUGGCUCCUAUCUACGCUGUUGUUUCCUUCGUUGGUUUGUUAGAUGUCAAAGGAAGUGAAAUAUUUUUCUUGUUUCUAGAAUCCAUCAAGGAAUGCUACGAAGCACUCGUCAUUGCCAAGUUCUUGGCAUUGAUGUAUAGUUAUUUGAACAUAUCUAUUAGCAAAAACAUUGUUCCUGAUGGAAUCAAAGGAAGAGAGAUUCACCAUUCUUUCCCUAUGACUUUCUUCCAGCCUCAUGUAGUUCGUCUGGAUCAUCGAACUCUGAGACUUUUGAAAUACUGGACAUGGCAAUUUGUUGUUAUUAGACCAGUGUGUUCGAUCUUGAUGAUAGCUUUACAGAUCAUUGGGUUCUAUCCUUCUUGGUUGAGCUGGACAUUCACUAUAGUUCUCAACCUCUCGGUUUCUCUGGCCUUGUAUUCACUCGUGAUCUUCUACCAUGUGUUUGCUAAGGAGCUUGCUCCACAUAAUCCACUCGCAAAGUUCCUCUGCAUCAAAGGGAUUGUCUUCUUUUGCUUCUGGCAGGGAAUAGCACUAGACAUUCUGGUGGCAAUGGGAGUGAUCAAGUCUCACCAUUUCUGGUUGGAGGUAGAGCAAAUCCAAGAAGCUAUUCAGAAUGUGUUGGUAUGUUUAGAGAUGGUUAUCUUCGCUGCUGUUCAGAAGCAUGCUUAUCAUGUUGGUCCUUAUAGUGGGGAGACCAAGAAGAAACUUGAUAAAAAGAAUGAAUGAUCUUGUCUCCGGUUAGAACGUGAAAUCGACUGGUUUUGGUUUAGGUGUUUCGGAGACUUGAAACUUUUGCUUGUCAUGAUUGGGAUAAGAGACGAUAAAUAAUGUUUUGAGAUAUCAUUUAGACAAUAAUAAUAAACCACUACAUUCUACUCAAGUUUUGUUUGGCAAAACUGGCACAUAACACUAAUAAAUCAUGAUUCUGGCAGAAGUUUAGCAGCAAAAACAAAUAGAUAUCCAAAUAGUAUGAUCUGAUUAAAGAUAAUGAUAAACCAACGACCAAUGUCCAAACAAUUCAUAUGUUUUCAUCAGUGGAAGAACUUGCAGAAGCAAACAUUUUGUUUUAUUUUUCAUGUUUCAGCUGUUUUGGUGACCAAUCAAAGUCAAUAAGCCACCAGUGUAUGUUUAAAAU